AUGUCUGGCGUAAAGCCCUCCAACCCAUUUACUAAAAUCUUCAGCCCAAGCGUUACACGUGCCACUUCCACCAUGACUGAUGAUACUGGACAGUACAGUGAUCCUAUCUCGGAUUUCCCUGACUCGCCCAGCAUCUCCACUCGUGCCAGUAACGUUAUUAAACGCUAUACUUCCUCCUUCUCUAUUAAUUCCAAAAAAUCCAAAAACAACGACGGAUCAACGUCGAUAUCAGCUACCUCGUCGCCUCCCGACCUCAGACGCAAAACCUCAUUACCGUCGCUAAAGACCGCACACUUUGCCCGAAUCGUGCCAGAUAGCCAAGUGUCGUUGGAAUGCGCUAGCACCAGCGCCUUUGUUGCGGAUGAAGGCAUGGAAUAUGACUCAGACGAAACCUCUAGUGUCCGAACCUAUGCUACGUCUAAAUCUGUCCCAAAGUCGACUCCACGGGUACAAUCCCCCACAUCCCCAGAAAUUGAGAACAGCUCCAACAGAAGUCAUACACCGACGCAAAGUCUACCCAGGGUAAAAACCACCCUACCAAUCCCCGACAUCUCAACUCAACAAAUCCUCGACGAAGAUGAAAUAGUUCAAGAUCGUAAUUCCUUUAACGAUGUUCACUGCGACCUUACGGAACUCCUCACCUCAAAUUCGAAACAAUUUAUCAUCGAGGCUAACACUGUCCCGGAGCUCCUAAGAAGCAUCCUCAAGGUAAUCCGGAUGAACCUACUGUCGGUAGGCAAUGCCAGCCCAGGCAUGUCGCGCUCUAGGGACAACGCCUGCCACGAGAUCUCAAAAAUCUGCAACGAGUUCGCCGAAGACUGCACAAUAAUCCUCAACAACAAUGACCCCAACAUUACCAUCCACCAAGAAGUCGAGAAUCAAGGAGAGAUGAACGCAGGGAUGGAUGUAGACGAGGGUAAUAUUCCUAACAUCAUUGACUACGGUCCUAACCACACCCCUGGUGCAACCGCAACCCACAUCCCCCGGAGCUGGGCAGACCUCCCUGAUCUCCCAAAUUAUCCCCCUGGAACUAACGACCAGCACAUUCUUCAAACUCUCUUAUCGAUCGCAAAUGACAUCAAAACAAUCAAUAAACGUAUCGACGGCAUUGAGAACCGCAACAAGCCAAUCCAUCCAAACCCAUACAAGACGAUAUCAACCCAACCAAUACCUGAAACCAAAAACGACAUGUCGACCCCAACAAACAGCACAAAUCCACCAGCCAGAAAGAACCUAGCCCAAAUAAUUAAGGACAAGAUGAACUCGAAGCCCACCGAGCUAGUACCGGCUCCUAACGUUACUCUUCCGGCCCCAAUUUCGAAGGGGACCGAGGCAAGUGCUGUUAGAUUCAUUUUUCGCUUCCUACACGGUGCCCCAGACGACACCAAAAAGAGGUUAUCUCCCCUUGAAGUCAGUCGCCGCCUCAAGGGCGUUUUUAACGACCAAAUGGGCCUUAAUAGGUGCCGCAUCUUAGAAUCUAAAUGGAAUCUACGUGGAAACCUUAUACUAAUAUUCCCAGCCCAUUCUAACCCAAGCGCAAUCAGCCAGAUGGAGCCCGAAAUACGAAAUGCCCUGGGCCUCAACAACAGUGGCUCCAUAUUCACCCGUGACACAAAAUGGUCCAAAGUCAUUAUCUCUGGGGUCCCCACAGGCUUCUCAGAAUCCAACGACGACCAAGUAAUCUCAAAAGACAAACUCAUGGAAGAGGUGCGUAAACAUAAAUCUACCGAAAAACUCACUAUCACACAAUACCCCGACUGGACCAUCCGCCCCGAAGACAUUAGAACGGCGUACGGUUCAAUCGCUUUUGCCUUUGAAGAUCCCGACGGCUCUAAACUCGCCUUAAUCCUGAAGGAGAGAUUCUCCCUUUUUGGAUGCGCACUCCGCGCAAGGGCCUGGAGCAAUAAGCCCUUACUGCAGACCUGUAACCGCUGUGCUACAUAUGGCCACAUCCAGACCCACUGCCACAGGAAACCUAGGUGCACCAGAUGCGGAUACAACCACCCAACCGACCAACACGACGAAAAAUGUAAACUGUGCCACAACGAAGCGCGAGAGAAAGGGGCACCUUGCCCUCACCCGCACCGCUGUGGUGUUUGCCGCCAAAAUCACAAAUGGAACACAGACAAAUGCCCCGAAAGGGCUAAGUUCCGCACACCAAUUGCUCAAGCGCUCCGCCAACCCCACACUGGAGCACAAGCAUGA